UACGUAGUGCAAAAUUUCUUCAUGGUCUUACAGUUGCAGAAAAGAAUAAAAAAGGCUUGACAUUUUAUAACAGUAACAAAUAUCGUGUUGGUGGAAGCCUGUUACAUUUGCCACACUUAUCAGAUUUGAAUAGCGAUGUGUCAGUUAAUUGCUGUCAAACUGGAAACCCUCCACAACAGUCUCUCAAUGUCCUCGGAUCUACCAAUAUGCUUACAUCUAGCAAUAAGCUAGUUUCUCUUUCACAAAGUAAGGACACAGAGCUUAAUUAUGGUGAUAUGGGACAGAGGUCUAACAGAUGGUUUGAUGGCCUUUUACGUUGCUUGAAACCUGUGUGGACAGCCCUGGGAAAAUCAACUCCUCAUGAAUUAAAGGAAGGUAAUUGGGAAAUAAGAUUUGAGGAUAUUAAAGAAAUGCAGUAUUUAGCUUCUGGAGCACAAGGUGCUGUGUAUUGUGGGCACUUAAAUGGAGAACUUGUUGCUGUUAAGAAAGUUAGAGAAAAAAAUGAAACAGAUAUAAAACAUUUGAGAAAAUUAUCACAUCCAAAUGUUAUAGCAUUUAGGGGUGUUUGUGUGCAACCUCCAUGUUUUUGUAUUAUCAUGGAGUAUUGCCCAUCAGGAACACUGCAUGGAUUGCUUCGUCGGGGUACUGAAAUUCCUCCAAAGAAAGUAAUGGAAUGGUCGAAGCAAGUGGCUAGUGGAAUGAACUAUUUGCAUACUCAUAAAAUAAUCCAUAGAGAUCUGAAAUCUGAUAACAUAUUAAUUGGCUACAAUGAUGUCUUAAAAAUUUCUGAUUUUGGAACAAGCAGACAGUGGAAUGAAAAAAGUAUGAAAAUGUCAUUUGCUGGAACAGUUGCUUGGAUGGCUCCAGAGGUCAUCCGGAAUGAGGUCUGCUCUGAAAAAGUGGACAUUUGGUCUUUUGGUGUUGUUUUAUGGGAAUUACUUACAUGUGAAACUCCAUACAAAGGAGUUGAUUCCUUAGCUGUUAUGUGGGGUGUUGGAAGUAACAGUCUACAUUUGCCUGUUCCAUCCACUUGUCCUGAUGGAUUUAAACUUCUCCUGAAACAGUGCUGGAGUGGGAAACCGAGGAAUCGGCCAUCUUUCAAACAUAUUUUGAUGCAUUUAGAUAUUGCUGCUGUUGAAAUUUUGAGUACCCCUGAAGAAGAAUAUUUUCAGACUCAGGCAACAUGGAAAAAAGAAAUUGGGUCCUAUAUGGAAAAGAUGAAUGAUGACUCUAGCUGUGGAUUGCAUGUGGAAGAAGAUUUGAUUAAAAGGAGAAAGGAAGAACUCAAGCGUGCUCAAGACAUUAGAGAGCAUUAUGAAAAAAAACUUGAAAGAGCCAAUAAUUUAUAUAUGGAACUUGCUAAUUGCCGCCUUCAGGUUGAACAAAGGGAACAGGAGCUAAAGGAGCGAGAGCAGAGCAUAAAGUAUGGAAAUGGCUAUACAAGGCAUUCAAAGAAAAAUAUUCGAAGGUUCUUGAAACAUGAGCGAUCUGCCAAAAAGCGCAGUCAGAAAAUGGAGUCUACUUCAAAAAACACAAAUGUACAGUAUUCUGCUUUCCAUGGCUCAGCUAAAUCCCGGAUAAGACGAGCUAAGUGUAAUUACUCAAAUUCACCAGGAAUGGAAAAAUUUGACUAUUCUGUGCCUUUUAAUAUUGCAGAAAGCCCGUAUGGUGCACAAUAUGAACUGCCUUUUUUAAUUGACUCUGAAACACAAACUGAUAUUCUUGAGACAAAUGAAAAUGUUGAUAAGCCUUUUGCUAAGAAUUUCAUUAACUUGGUUCAAAAUAUUUCAGUUAAUGAUAGCAUUUCAACACAUGAAAAUCUUGAUGUGUUUGCACAGAAUUCUUUACAGUGUGAUUUACAUAAUAAACUUCUCUCUCAGACUUCUGCUUCAGUAAAGUGUCAAGUAAUUAAGGCUGAAAAUAGUUCCUUUGAUCACGAAAAAAGUACUGGAGAUAAUUUUCUCUGUGAUAUAAAUUCAGUAACUUCUCAUUCCGCAGUGUAUAAUCUCUCACCAUUACAUAUCAAAGAUACCUGUGUUCAGAAUGUUUCUAUUGUGGGAACUGGAAGUUUAAAGAAGCGAAGAAAAUUUCACCAGUUUUGCAGAAUGGGAUCAUUUAGAGGAAAAUUUCUUCUUAAAAAGUUUGGCAGUGUGCAGGAAAUCAGCACCACAGAAGAUUCUUGUGAAAGUGAGGAAGACAGUGAUUCCUUAAUGCGCUCACGAUAUAGUUUAGGUAAUGUUAGUGAAAGUUCAAUAACAAGUUCUGGUGAUUCUUUCUCUGAAGAAGGAAAUACUAGUGAACAUUCCAGUGAUCAGUAUACUGGUGGUGAACUGUUAUCAAGUUUGUCCAAUCCUGAUAUUUCACUCAGCGAAGAUCAUUUUACUUCUCAAAAGAGUGUUGGAACAGAUAGUGCUGAAAAUGUUACACUUGAGAUACAAGAUGGUUGCUUUCUUUCUGAGAAGAUAAUUUGACAUUUUAGGAGAGAAAAAGAAACAGAAUGCAUAUUUUGCUUCCUCUUCGUGAAGCUUUCAGUGUCAAAAUGGUAGACAGAAUUUUUUUAAUUUCUUUUUAACUGGGCUGUAUUGCGAGCUCUACAUUCCAUACCAUAAGUAUAUAUAUAUAUAUAUCCCACUUCAUGUAAAAAUAUAUUUAAUAAGCAUUUUGUGAAUGAUAUGGUUUUAUCCCUCAUUUGGAGACUUUUAUUCAUAAUUUACUUUUACUGUUAUAUACAUUUUUCAAAUGAAUUUAGUUUUAUAGUUUUCAUACACCUUGAUUUUUAUAUAAUUUGUAUAAAUAUGUAAAUCUUAGGAAAUACAUUGGCAUGUUAAAAGUUACCAUCUGCUCACAUCAUGUACUUAGAUUUUAACAGUUUCAGAAAAAGUUUUUCAUUUUUUGUUUGUAUAUAAAAAUGCUAUUGUCAUUGGUUUCUUAGCUAUUUCUCAUAAGAAUUUGCUCAAAAUGUUUCACUGAUGUAGAAAAGUAAAACUUUUACAUAUCCCCUUUUAAAUGUUUUAAUGAAAUUUGACUUGAAGAUGCUUUAAAUUUCUCUUCCUCUCUUUUUGUAGAAAAAAAUUCACAGCUCAUAUAAUAUGAAGUUUUUAAUGAGCAGUAAUUUAAGGAAAGACCUAGCUUAUAAACAUUAUGAGCAAAUUAGAUAUCAUUUAAUAUAAUAUUUUGGGAGAUAACUGAUGUUUCAUUUUAAACAUUUAUACGUGCUUCAGAACUUUGAUGAAAUUCGUCACCUUUUUUUCAAAAAAAAGUUUGAAGUGCAUCACUGUGUAUUUUUGAAAUUAAUUUUUUAAAAAUUAUGAAUGAAAAAGAAAACUGUUUUUAUGUUAGAAUUUUAAGAAUCCUCCAUAUUUUCAAAAGCUGCUAUUAUCUUUUCAUCCUGAAAUUGCAUUUCGCAUUACAACUUCUUCCAUUUUUAAAUUUUAUUUACACUACUACAGUUUACUUGAUUGCCACGUUAACAGCUUGAAAUACGGCUUGCAGGUUAAACAUGCUAUUUUAGUAUGUGCUUCCCAUUUCAAACUCUUAUGUACAUUUCAGAAUUUUUUUAUUAAAUAUGUUUGGAAAAAAAAACAUUCAUCAUAUUUUCCUUCCCCCUCCCCUUUAUGUAAUAUACGUGAAAAUGUUUGAGUAGCUCAUCAGUAUUCUUUUAGCUCUAUUUAUGUUUUUAUAAAUAUGUUAGUGCAGCUUCUAUGUUAACUUGGUUCCUCUGUUAUUUUUGUAUUUGAAAUAAUAUAUGUUGUGUACAGCAAUAAAUGUACCCCCCCCCAGUAUUUUUAAGCCAUUCUGAGAGCUUAUGUGUUUUGGAUGUUCAUUUAAGUGUAGUUCGUAGAAGCUCAAAGCUUUUUGCAGUUCGAUGGGCAUACCUUGCAGGCAUGGCUAUUUAAGCAAUAAGAAAUGUAAUAUGUGGAAAUGAAGUUAUAAGUGCCAUUUAUAAGCUCAUAUUUUCCAACUCUGGCAGAAUUAUUUCCAGUGUUUUAUCAUACUCUUUACUUUUUCACAUUACAAAUAAGAUAUCCCUUGUUACAUUCAUUCUUUUGAAACUCUGGUUCAGUUGUUAGAAUAAAUAUGCAUAUUUUCUAUUUUUUCCCCCAUUUCUUUGUAGAUAUGCCCUUGUAAAAUUUUCAAGCUCUGAAUUCCAAAUUUUGUUUCUGUACUAUGUACUUGUGUGUAUUAUACUUUGAGUAAUAUUCUGAUAAACCAUACUUAUUCUACCAACCUGCUUCAGUUAUCUGUUCGUAACAUGAUAAAUUAUGCUUGCUUAUUUUAUUAAACUUUUUGGAGCAGUUCGUGACAUUUUGGGGGAUCAUCUGCUCUUGUGCUAUAAAUUUUAGACAAGAUAGCUGUUUAUCUCCUUAAAUGCAGUGAUUUUCAAGUAUAUUAAGUAAAGAAAUAAAAAAGGAUAUUAUAGUAUAAAGUCCGAGAUCCGAACUCAUCAUGACUUCCACAAUUCUGAAUUUGGGAUAUUUCCGGGUAUUAGAUCAUCAGUUUAAAUCUAGUAAGAUGGCAUGUAGAAAUAUUAAAAUUAAAAAUAUGAAAUCAUGAUUUAUGGAAUAAUGAAGCA